UAACACACCAAAUGCAAAUUUUUGUCCAAGUAAUUUGCUAUGAAAUAGGUUUAAAGGCUUUAAGGAUCCUUGUUCGAGGACGAGAGAGAAAAAAUGAAGAUGAUGUUAAUAGAAUGUUGUGUGUCUACAAGUACAACACGUGUAUGUGCGACUCUUCCUCACACAAAAUAUUCAUGCAAUAUUACAAGAAGACCCUUAUCUCUAUCCCUCGUCUCCACCACUUUCUCUGCUUUAAUCUUCUCACUUCCUCCUCCAUCUUCAUCUUCUUCUCCCUUACCCUUACCUUCUUCAAAACGUCCAAUAGCAGAUUUCUCUGAACUCCCCAAUUCCGGCGGUGUUAAGGCUUUGGAACUCCUUGUCGGUUCCGGUGAAGUUCCCUCCGAUGGAGACCAGGUUGAGAUUCAUUACUAUGGUAGACUAGCAGCGAAACAAGGAUGGCGUUUUGAUUCAACCUAUGAACACAAAGAUGAGAAUGGUGAUCCUAGUCCUUUUGUCUUUGUCCUUGGUUCUGGUAAGGUAAUUGGUGGAAUUGAUGUGGCAGUGAGAUCAAUGAAAGUAGGUGGAAUUCGUAGAGUCAUUAUACCUCCAUCACUUGGCUACCAAAACACAUCACAGGAACCUAUCCCACCUAAUUUCUUUGACAGGCAGAGGCUAUUCACUACAAUAUUUAAUCCAACUCGACUUGCAAAUGGUGAAGGGUCUACUCUAGGGACACUUAUAUUUGAUAUUGAACUGGUUAGCCUGAGGCAUCUGUGAAUUCAAGGUGUAUGAUCCACCAAUCUAGAAAGAAACAAAUGUACUUUUUUAUGAGGUGGUGGUCAAUUAGUAAACACUGUACAUGUACUGAUGAAUCCAUUUUUGUUGGUGGUAUUCUAGAUUAGAUUAAAUUUUUUCUUCUUCUUGUUUA